AUGCGUCGCUACGGCUUCGUGAACUGUGUCUCCCCGGAUCACGCUGCCAAGCUUUGGCAUUACCUCGAUGGAUUUAGCGGCUUUGCCGGCAAUGGAUCGGCCAUUACGCUCCGUUGGGCAGAGAAGACGCAGGGCAAAGAGAGUUUGGUCAACACGUACCGCAACUGCUCAGUCAUGCACAGAUCGGUUCCCCACCUUUGCAAGCCGAUUUUGUUCCAGGACGGAGUCGAGGUGCCAUUCCCACGGCCCACGAAGAAACUGGAGAAGCCCAGGCUGCGCAACCGACGGGCCAAGAUGCCCGGGGCCGGCAACGACAUGGGGGAUGCCUAA